ACCAGUUCAAGUCAAAUGUGUCAGUUAGUUCAGAACGAAAGAAUGAUGAAAGAAUAUCACUCUUGUUACACUGGGCAGCUCAAGUGCAUGAAACAAUGAAAUAAUGAGAUGAAACUGAGGUGAAUCUGUGGAAAGUGGUUAGUGGAGUGUCAACACUGUUAGUCUGUGGUGUGGUGACUGGAGGGUGCUAUCUCUGUUAUCACUAGAGAUAUCUUACCUUACCGGUCAUACGUCGUAGUAUUCUACUCUACAUACUUGAGAAAUUGAGAAUUUAAUUUACAUUUCGCAUUAGAAGAUCGUCGAUUUUUGACUGGUAUUGAACGUAUAUCAAGUACAAUGAAUUCAAGCACACGAUUUCUAAAAGUAGACAUGGUAAAGAGUUUUCGUUUGAUGUCACAAUUGGGAGAUCUUGGAAGUGGAGCAGGUAAAGGUGGCGGCGGUGGUGGAAGCAUCAGGGAGGCUGGUGGAGCUUUUGGUAAACAAGAAGCAGCCAGAGAAGAAGAGUACUUCUACAAGCAGCAAAGGGAACAGUUGCAGAAAUUGAAAAAUGAUCUAAAGGAUGAGAUAAGCUUUCAUGAAGAACAAAUCAAGAGACACCAAGAAGCUAUUUCUCGCCAUAAUACUAGAGUUAAUGAAUUGGAUAAAGCACAAUAGGAACUUGGCCAUCACUUAAAUACCCAUUUAAUAGUUUUUAAUCACAAAGUGAAAUGAUCAUGUGUAUAAUGU